GUACAUUAGAGAGGACUGCGGCGUAAUAUCACACUAGCGGAUUGAAUACUGGGAGUUGUAGUUUGUGGUGGUUUUAACAUGUGUAAUGGCUUCUAGAUGGUGAACUACAGUUCCCAGCAGUGAAAAAAUGUCUUAGAAUGGCUAUGGAACUGCAGGCAGUAGUUAUGGCGGUGGGAGGGGGAUCACGCAUGAUGGACCUUACCUCCAGCAUCCCAAAACCUCUGCUCCCUGUCGGCAAUAGACCCCUCUUGUGGUAUCCACUGAACAUGCUGGAACGAGCUGGCUUUGAGGAGGUGAUAGUUGUGACAACUAAAGAGGUGCAAAAACAGUUUGAUCCAGACACCAAAAUGAAAUUGGAUUUUGUUUGUCUGCCUGAGGACAAAGCAACAGAAAUGGGGACGGCGGACUCUUUGCGCCACAUUUACCAGAAGAUCAAGAGUGAUGUCUUGGUGCUAAGUUGUGAUCUCAUCACUGAAGUGGACCUGCAUGAGGUUGUGGAUUUGUUUCGAGCUCACAAUGCCACCCUGUCUAUGCUAAUGAAGAAAGCAUCAGAGACUACAGAACAUAUUCCAGGACAAAAAGGGAAGCAGAAGACAGUGGAAGAGCGUGAUUUUAUUGGGGUAGACGGCACAGCGACCCGUCUCCUUUUACUGUCUAAUGAGGAAGAUCUGGACGAUGGUCUGGAUUUGAAGAAGUGCAUCUUACAGAGGUAUCCACGAAUACACAUAAAGAUGGGUAUGGUAGAUGCACAUCUGUACUGCCUGAGGAAAUACGUCGUGGAUUUCCUAACUAUGAAUGAGUCCUUCUCAUCCAUUCGUAGAGAGCUGGUGCCGUACCUGGUGCGCAAACAAUUCUCAGCAGCUGUGUCAUCCAGACAGGAUCAGGAGCACGAGCAUGACGGGAACAAGGAAACCAAUCCCAAAGAUAUCCACAGCUUUAUAAAGGAAGACCCGUUACUAGACACUGCACUGAAUAUGUCGUGCUGGAAUGACCAUCGGGGUGACAUGUUAGAACCGUAUCAUGGGAACAGACUGCGCUGUUAUGUGCACGUGGCUGAAGAAAAACUGUGCUACCGAGUGAACAGUUUAGCUACAUAUAUUGAGGCCAAUAGACAGGCCCCACGAUUGCUGUGUGAUGUGUGCAGUGAAGAUCCUCGUGUUCACUCUUCGGCAGUGAUUACAGACAAACUGAUGGUGGGUCCAGACAGUAUGAUUGGACAAGGGACGCAGGUUGGAGAGAAGACUUCUGUUAAACAUUCCUUGUUGGGAUCCAGCUGCUGCAUCAAAGACAGAGUCAAGAUUACAAAUUGCAUCAUCAUGAAUGGCGUUACUGUGCACGAGGGCUGCAACCUCCAGGGCAGUCUGAUCUGUAACAAUGCUGUAAUAGAGAGUGGGGCAGAAAUCAAGGACUGCUUAUUGGGGCAUGGCCUACGUAUUAACAGCAAAGCAAAACGGGUCAACGAAAUCAUCAUGGGGACCGAGCAACUGAUGGAGAUCUGAGAUUACUGGAGUAGAUGCUUGCACACCGUGUGUCCCCAGACGCUGCCUGUCCUAUUUAUAUAUGAAUAAAGGCCUAUGUGGCAGUAAAAGGAAUUAAACAAAGGUGUUGCUGGGGGGGCAUAAAUGAAAUCAAACUAUUUUUAUUUAUUGUAUUUCAAUAUACAUCCAUUGUACCCUUAGGGAAGUAACUGAUUACUAGUUAUUACUUUGUGUGUGACUGCAGAGAGUAUAACUGUGCAAUAAAAUGGUAUAUAACUGAUCUCAGUUUAUGAGAUUAGUGACAGUUUGAUGGGACGUGUAAGGGACAGUAUACACCAAUCUUCCAAUAACUGCAUGUAAUAGACACUACUAUAAAGAAGAAUAUGCAAAGAUACUAAUCUAAAAAUCCAGCAGAAACAGGAGAUGCAGUAAUCUGUAAACGUACGUAUACAUCUGACACUUGGGGGCUUGGUCAGGAGUCUGAAAAUCAGCACAAUGUUAUUAAAAAAUAAGCAAAACUGUACAUUGUUACAUAAACUACGAAACAUUUAUGCAAAGAAAAAUCUAGUGUACAGUGUCCCUUUAAAGAAACUUUCAUGGUUUAGAUAAAUCGUGUAAUAUAAGAGAAAUAUAACAUAAAUACUUCUGUGAUUAGAUUUACAUAUUUCCCUUUAAAUCCUUAACUCAUUUACAUGAAACUUUACUUCUAUUAUCAAUUUUACUUCAAUUUCCUGGUAUCCUUUGUUGAAGGAACAGCAAUGCACUACCGGGGGCUAUGUAAACGCAUCAGUAAGCCAAUAAUGCGUGUUUUUCAAUAAAGGAUGCCAAGAGAACUAAGCAAAUUAGAUAACAGAAGUAAAUUUAAAAAAAAAAUCCUUUAUUUUAAAUUGAACCAACAAAAAAAUGUUUAAAAGCAUGUUAAAAUCCUAUAAGCAUCAGGUAAAUGUUAAUUUUUCAUAUUGGAAUGGACAUGCUACUCAUUUUUUUUCUGUUACUGCUGCUAUAUAGUGCUCCAGACACAUGCAUGUUCCUGAGUUUACAUCCCUGCUGCUUUUUAACAAAAUGAUACAAAAGAACGAAGAAAAUUUAGUAACAGAAGUAAAUUAGAAAGCUGUUUAAAAUUGCAUGCGCUAUCUGAAUCAUGAAACAAAAAUUGUGGGAUUCCUGUCCCUUUAAGUGAAACUAAACAAAAUUGCAUGUUUGUGUAAAACUAAGUCCUUGUACUCUUCUCAUUGGCUGAUAUGGACAGUUCCCAUAGAAAAAUCUGUUUUAUUCACAAGAAGAUCAACUAAAGAAAGAAAAAAAAAUCCAAAGAAGCAUUUUCUUUUAGAGAGAACAGAGUAUUUGGGUAUCAUGUAUUUGUGCAGAAUCCAUUCCUGGCUGAUAGUUUUUUAGGAUUUGAUCUUGUUUUUUUGAUAAACACACAACGCAUAGAAUAUAAACUUGUAUUCAAUACUUCUCGGCCUGUAGAUUUGUAUAAUAACCAAAUGCACACUAAAAAGACAAUGGUAAGCACUUAGUCUAAAUUUCAGAUGAGUAGUAUGUCUAUUUCCACUCCUGUAUCAUGUGACAACCAUCAGCCAAUCACAAAUGCAUAUACGUAUAUUCUGUGAAUUCUUGCACAUGCUCAGUAGGAGCUGGUGACUCAAAAAGUGUAAAUAUAAAAAGACUGUGCACAGUUGGUUAAUGGAAGUAAAUUGGAAAGUUGUUUAACAUUGCUGCUCUAUCUGAAUCAUGAAAGUUUAAUUUUGACUUGAGUGCCCCUUUAAGCAAGAAUAUGUUUUAUAGAUUUGCUGCCAUUAUAUUAAAGACAAAAAUAUUAAUGAUCUUGCCCUGAUUCCACUGAUGCAUUCUGCAAGAAUUCUACAUUUCUUAAAGGGGCGUGAACAUCAACAUCAAACUUCCAUGAUUUGCAUAGAGCAUGAAAUAAAAAAAUAAAAGUUUUAUUUCCUUUGGUUAUCAAA